CAUAUUUGUUGUUUUUGAUAGCUCCUGGUACAUGACCACAUGUCAUGUAUACUUGAUUAAUUCCAUACACCCUUCUUGUUUCCUCAAAAGUACAUUUCCCCUCCUAAAACCCAUUUAAAAAGCCAAAGCAAAUACAUCACCCAAAAAGUUGAGGGAUUUUGGAAAAUUAUGAAUUUUGCAAUAGCCCUCUCUAUGACCAAGCCCUCCUCUGUUCUUCUCUCUUCAAGAAAAUAUCAUGGUUUCUCUCUCCCUCAGCCCUCUUUUAGACCCAUCUCUCGAUCGAAAUCUCUCUUCCCAGUGGCUUCUCUUGGGAUAUCUCAGACUUUCUCUAAGUUGAAGGAGCAGGGAAAGGUUGCCCUCAUACCUUACAUCACUGCGGGUGAUCCUGAUCUCUCAACAACCUCAGAAGCAUUAUAUGUUCUUGACUCCUGCGGUUCCGAUAUAAUUGAAUUAGGCAUACCAUAUUCCGAUCCUUGGAUAGAUGGACCUGUUAUCCAGGCGGCCACUACUCGUGCCCUCACAAAAGGAACAAGCUUUGAUGCAGUUAUUUCCAUGUUAGUAGAGGUUGUACCCAAGCUAUCUUGCCCGAUUGCAUUGUGUACAUAUUACAACCCUAUUUUGAGGCGUGGUACUCAGGAGUUCAUGUCUACCAUCAAAGAAAUUGGAGUACAGGUUAAAUGUGAUAACGGUUACAUGAUGGAUGUGCCUGAUAUUCCUCUGGAGGAGACCACAAUUUUACGGAAAGAAGCAGCCGACCAUAACAUUGAGUUAGUGUUGCUUACAACUCCAACUACUCCCUCGGAACGAAUGAAAGCAAUUGUCGAAGCUGCGGAAGGAUUUGUAUACCUUGUGAGCUCUGUUGGUGUUAGCGGUGCCCAAUCAUCAGUAAGUUCACAUGUUCCAUCUCUCUUACAAGAAAUCAAAGAGGCAUCAACCAAACCUGUUGCUGUAGGAUUUGGCAUAUCGAAACCCGACCAUGUGAAGCAGAUGGCGAGCUGGGGAGCAGACGGCAUGAUUGUUGGAAGUGCACUGGUGAGGAUUUUAGGAGAGGCAAAAUCACCUGAAGAAGGCUUGAAGAAGCUAGAAUCCUUCACCAAGAUUCUCAAAGCUUCACUCUGAGCACAUAUCGGUGGAGAAGUUCUGAUAUAUUAUAGCGUCUAUUUUCUAUUAAUGCAAAGGCAUAGCAAUUUGUUACUCAACUUCCUGUCAUAAUGUUUAGGGUUACAACUUAAGGUGUUUCCUUCUAAUAUCUGGCCACUGAAUAUUACAAGGGAAAAGAAAA